GCUGUUCAGAUAUUAAACGUUGAAAACCAGAACAAUUUGCAGUUAAACGAGGCUGCACUAGAAUCAGUCUUAAUGCGUGAAGAUUUUCGCGAUAAAAAGGUGGUCGUUGUGUCUAUUAAUGGCAAAUACCGUCAAGGAAAGUCAUUUUUAUUAAAUUUUUUCCGCUUCUAUCUUGAAAAACAGAUUGCUAAUCAUCAACGGUCUAAUAAUCGUUCCAUUGAUUGGCUUGAUCACGAUCACAUUGAUCAUAUUCGAGGAUUUAAAUGGAAACGCUCUAGUAAACGCGUAACUACCGGCAUGUACAUGUGGCAUAGACCAUUUUUGGUUCAGCUACCUGAUGGGGAAGAGGUGGCGGUAGUUUUAAUCGAUACUCAAGGACUUUUCGACAAUACAACAUCUCCAUUGGUUAAUAGUGUCAUAUUUGUUUUAAGCACCAUCAUCAGUUCCCAGCAGAUUAUCAAUGUCCAAAAAAAUAUCAGCCAGGUUGAAUUUGAGCAGUUAAAGUUUGUAACUCAAUAUGCAAAAUAUGUUACAGAAAAUCGAAAUGCGGUACCAUUUCAGAACUUAACAUUUUUGGUAAGAGAUUGGAUUAACUAUGAUGAAUAUGAAUUUGGUGUUUAUGGUGGUAAUAAGUACCUCCAGGAUUUACUGACAGAGGUACAGCAAAAAGCUAUUAAGUCUAUUUUCUGUUAG